AUGUUGCGCAGUGAUGAUAUGACGAAAUGCGAUGUGUAUUUCCAGUCGGAAGCGGCUUUUGAGAAUCUUUCUGCCAUCGGUGAAAUGGAGUGUCUUCAGUUUAUAGAUAUGAACCCCAAUGUGUCACCAGUUGACCGGCACUUCGUGACGGAGCUGUGUCGCUGUGCGGACCUGGAGCGGACUCUGAUAAACAUCCGUGAUGAGAUCCACAAGGACGGCAUAGCCAUACCCAGGGUGAGGUACCUGGCUGACAUCAAGCCGCUGGCCCCGAGAGACAUGUUCGAAUUUGAGAAUAUGAUAGAUUCAGUUUCGAAAGACGUGAAAGAUAUGACAGCGAACCAAACCAACCUCAAGAAGUUGAGGUCUGAAACGAAAGAGAUUUACUACGUUUUGAACCACUUGGAUCCUAUCCUCGGAGACGUGGAGUCAAGAUACACCAAGUUUCCGAAACAGAUGCAGCCGCCUACACCGUACGACCGACGUCAGCUGAAGAUCAUCACCGGGGUCGUUGACCGCGCCAACACCUUCUACUUCCAGACCAUGCUGUGGAGGAUCUCUCAUGGAACUAUCUACUACAAGGAGGCGCCGAAUGACGAUAAAUUUCAGAAUCCUACAACGGGUCGCGACGUACGCAAAGUGGCGUUUGUCAUCGUGUGUCACGGGGAGGAGAUGCAGGAGCGCGUCCUGAAGGUGUGUAACGGGUUCAACGUGAACCUGUACCGCUGGCCGGAGACCCACGAGGGCAGGGUCUCCACCAUCAGGGAGCUGGCCGACAGGAUGAAUGAAAUGGACAAGUGGGAGACCUGGAUGGCCCAGAUAAGGAAAGCAAAAGCCAUUUAUCACACCAUGAACAUGAUGAAUUUGGACAUCACCAGCAACACUCUGAUUGGCCAGUGCUGGAUGGCUGACAGGAACUUCAAUGACGUCGAAGAUGCGUUGGAAAAGUCUUCGCAAUUGGCGGGAGCACGCUCGUUCAUAGUGAGGAUGUAUACGGACGAGACUCCGCCCACCAGCUACAAGACCACCAGGUUCACCAAGGGCUUCCAGAGCAUCAUCAACUCUUACGACUGCGGGAGGUACAAGGAGUUGAACCCAGGUCCAUUUUUUUAUACAGUAGUAAUAGAUGAAAGAUAUUGGGCACGUACUUUCAGUGUGAUUCUCUUUCCGUUCCUAUUCGGCGUCAUGUUCGGAGACGUGGGGCAUGGAGUUCUGCUGUUUAUUUAUGCGUCAUGGAUGAUCAACAAUGAGAAGAAAUAUCUUCCUCGUCGGACCAAGAAUGACGUGUGGCACCUGAUCUUUGCAGGUCGAUACAUCAUUCUAUUGAUGGGCUGCUUUUCAAUUUUCAUGGGAUUUAUGUACAACGAAUGGUUUUCCUUGCACUCAAAGAUGAUGUCAGGUUACUGGCUGAACACGCAUCCUGUGGAUCGCCUGCAGUAUUACUUGCAGUUCCACAUGAAUCCCAAGGCCGAUACAGGCUAUAUUUAUAAAUAUGGCAUCGACCCAGGUGUAAAGAUGGCACUGAACGGGUUGGAGAUAGAGAAUUCAUUGAAGAUGAAACUAGCGAUUAUCCUCGGAGUGACACAUCUCACUCUAGGACUCAUUCUCAGUAUUUUCAACAUGGUAUACUUCAAGAAGUAUUACGCAAUAAUAUGUCACACCGUGCCGCGAAUUCUAUUCAUCUGGUGUAUUUAUGGGUGGCUGUGUUACAUGAUGUUUUACAAAUGGAUUUGUUCGUUCACUAAAAAGGCAAUUGAUAAUCGUUCUACUAUGCCAAAUUUGAGACAAGAAUUUUUGGACAUUAUGUUUUGGAGAGAACUUUCGCUGAAGGAGAAACCGCAGAAUUUCGAACAGAAGAGAAUGCUUUACCACAUUGCAUUGAUCUGCUUCCCCGUCAUGCUGUUGGCGUCCCCGCUAUAUAUAUACAUCAAGUACAGGCUACAACUGCGUUAUUUGCAGCAAAGCGGUCUCCACGGCCCCUGCCAGUUGGGCGAGUACAAGAAGCACGAAUCAGCUGAUGUGAAGCUGAAGAGUCUGCUCGCCCACCGUUGUCUCCGCACCAUGGAGUAUGGCCUGGCCGCAGUCAGCCACAUGGCCUCAUACCUGAGACUUUGGGCCAUAUCUAUGGCGCACACAUUGCUGUCCCGUUUCGUCUGGGCGAUAACCAUGAGGAACUUGGCUUUAAGCGAUUACACCUCGAAGGGUUAUCUGAAAAUUAUCUACGUUUUUCCCAUUUGGGCAUUGAUCACCUUGGGCUUUCUGGUGUUUAUGGACAGCGUCACCGUAUUUAUACAUGCGUUGAGGCUUCACUGGAUCGAAUUCAUGAGUAAAUUCUUUAAAGGUGGCGGGCAGCCCUUUACUCCCUUUUCUCUCGUGACUGUCCUUGAUGAGCUCGAUUACAAUCAUGUUGAUGAGGAGACCGAAAUGAUCUGCCGGGUCAAGCGCGCCAGGGCUAACGCAGGCGACUCCUAA